AUGUCAAAUAUUAAUCGACCUCUCUGUAUUAUUAAAAUCCAAAAGCCCUCAAAAAUCCACAAAUCCAAGAUGGUUCGCUGCAGUACUCCAACCCCGAAUAGAAGAGGCUCUCUGGCUAUAUCUGCCUUGUUGAACCAAGAACCAGUCGACCCAAUCACGACUACGAAUAGAAACAAUAGUUUUAGCAGUAGCGAUGAAGGCAGUAUUGGUGGUAGCAGCAUUAGCAUUAGCACUAGCAGCAACAGCAACACCGACAGCAGCAGCAGCAGAAGCAGCAGUGACUCCAAUGCACACUCGACCAACAUGUCUACUACAUCUACCUCUACUUCUAUUUCCAUUUCAAAUAUCAUCAACACCACUACCACUACCACUACCACUACUACCACCACCACUCCUGCCGCUGCUUCUACUGCCAAUACUAGUGCUGCUAGUGCUACCAGAAGCAAUAGAAACCGAACCCGAAACAACCCUAUCACUGCUCCUACAGUCCGAGUCAAAAACCAAAGAAGACAAAGCUACCGACUAAGCGUGCCUGCCUAUAUGCCACCUCCAAACCAAAACAACAACAACAACAACAACAACAACAACAAUAAUAAUGAUAAUGACCAGACCCAAACCCAAACCCAAAACCAAGGCCAAGGCCAAGGCCAAGGCCAAGGCCAAGGAAAAAACCAAGAGACCGUCUAUUAUGACUUUGAUGUCACUGAUAUCGAGACCCAGAACAUCGAGGGAACAGACUACCUCUGGAAUAACACAACCACUGGUAUCCGCCAUUUCGAAGGAGGCUAUAUCGUGACCGCAAUCGCCAAGGCCAAGCGAAAGAGAAUCUCGGAACAACAAUACGCAGGUCUUGUUGAUGUAUUCAAUGUUACCGAUACACCAAGUUCUGAUGUUCGCGAAAGACUAGCUCGGGACUUGGAAAUGACCAAACGAGAAGUCCAAGUUUGGUUCCAAAACAGACGUGCCAAACAAAGCAGAGCAAAAGUACAAGAACGCAGACUAAAAGAAGCAUUAAGCACAUUGACUACAUAA